CCCGAGCCGGCAGCGUUCCGGCUCCCGCGGCUCUCAGGCGCGCGGUGCGACUGCCUGGUGGUCCCGGCUUCCGCGUCCCAGGCCCGACCCGGGCCUCUCCCCCUCUCCCGCCCCAGCCGCGGCCCGCCGAGCCCGCGGGCAACCGAGCCGCCAACGACGCCCACACAGCCGCGGGGGCCCGGGCGGGGGGCCAUGCCGUGCCGGAGGGAGGAGGAGGAGGAAGCCGGCGACGAGGCGGAGGGGGAGGAGGACGACGACAGCUUCCUCCUGCUGCAGCAGUCGGUGACCGUGGGCGGCUCGGCCGACGUGGACCGGCUCAUCGCCCAGAUCGGCGAGACGCUGCAGCUGGACCCGGCGCACGACGGCCGGGCCUCGCCGUGUGCCGCCCCGGCGCCCCCGCCCCCGCGGGUCCCGGCGGCGCCGCCCGCGGACCAGGCCCGGGCCCCGGCGAGGCGGCUGCUGCGUCCGGCGGUGCCUGCGGAGGCCGGGGACCCGGCGCCCCCGGGGGCCGUGCGCUGCGUGCUGGGGGAGCGCGGGCGCGUGCGGGGCCGGGCGGCGCCCUACUGCGUGGCGGAGCUCGCCGCGGGCCCCAGCACGCUGUGUCCUCUGCCCCCGCAGCCCGGCCUCGAGGGACCCUCAGGGACCGGUAAGCCAAGCACCCCGCAGCCUCUGGCCGGCCCGUGCCGGCGGGGUUGGUUCCGGAGCGCGGCCGCGUCCCGCCGCCUGCAGCAGCGACGCGGAUCUCAGCCCGAGACCCGCACCAGCGACGACGACCCGCACCUGCUCCUGCAGCAGCUCGUGCUCUCGGGAAACCUCAUCAAGGAGGCGGUGCGCAGGCUCCAUUCGCGACGGCUACAGCUGCACGCAAAGCUUCCCUCGAACGCGUUCCUCGGGCCUCUGUCCGCUCCGGUGCACGAGCCGCCUUCGCCCCGGAGCCCUCGCGCGGCCUGCAGCGACCCUGGCGCUUGCGCGAGGGGGGCGCGGCUCAGAACUGGGGACGACCUGCUUGUCCCUGGCAGCUAACAACCCAGGUGCCCACAGCACUAGCCUGUAGCUGGGUACCAAAGGAUUCAUCUAGGGCUGCACCCUCCCGGGCUGGUGGAGACAGGAAUUUGGAAACGGAAAAAUAAGCUAAGGAAGACAGCCGAAAGAUCGCAAAUAUUUUCAUGGGGUAACUGAAGUUGAGAGAUCCAAACUCUUUGAAAUCCAGGACUUGAAGGCAGAUUUUAUAGAGCGCACCGCAAUCUGUCAGCAGGACUCCUUUUUUGGCGUGAUCCAACCUAGUCACUGCAAUUCCGCGCAGACUCUCCUGGGCAAGCCGGCGACCACGUGGCCACGGUGCUUGCUCUCAGGAUCGGCUCGACCAGCCCUAGAACGAAGGACGAUGAUCUUAGUUACUUGCUGCACCUAUCAGGGCUGGUUCCCGAUCCCCUUUAGGGGAGGGGGAACAAGAGUGGACGUGAUUUCGGGGAGAACUCCAAAAUGCCACACGUGAACAUUUUACAACGGCAGUUAAAAGACCAUCUCGUAUCUUUUGCGGAGCUGGUUUUAAUGUACAGCAUGCGGCACCACUUGGGCUGAAUAGAAAGAAGUAACUUCUUUUGGUCCCCCCUUUUUUUUGUAACGUUACUGUUACCGGAGCGUUAAUGUUAAGUCUGUACCCCACGAGUGUGGGGGUGGGAGGGGGCAGUGAGCGGUGUUGGGUAUGGAUGGAAGGGUUUGGUGAAGCACGGAGUGAAACCUCCCGCCUUCCCAAUGUGUGUUUUCAAAGGCCAUGGGUCUCUUCUUGGGUUUAAGCUCGUUAUUUCCUGGGUGUGCACCGAGUUGUGAGGCUCCAUCACGGAGACUAGCUAGCUGAGUUGCCUUGCUGAGAGAGGAGCGUACAGUUUUGCAAAUGUUGGGGUCCCCCUAAGGAAGGGCGCCACCUUCUGGAGUGGGGUUUGGGGGUGGUGAGUGCUGGGUGUCUGAGCCUCCCUCCUGAGGCCACCGCCCCUGCCCCUCCCUUUGGCUUGCACAGAAACUGUCUUGAGACAGUGACCCACCCCGUUUUCCCCUUUCCCCGACUCAAGCGGGGUGCCGCUGAUCCUUGCGAGGUUCCCCAUAACGGGCCCUCCGGGGACACAGCUCGGGACGCAGUCUCACACAGCCGCUGAUAAUGGGCUCCUGGGACCAUUUGUGAUAACAGCUGCAAUUCCCUGGAUAGAGUUGAUUUCCUCCUGACCCUCCCCCAGCUGUGCCAGCUCGCCUUUGUAAGUGAAGGAAACCGAGUAGAAAAUGUGACCCUCCAAAUGGAAAAGCUGCAGGCUUUUCACCAUUGUGACUGUGAAGUGCUUGGAAACACUGUUCACUCUGAGCUACCGUUUCGUUUUAGUUUUACAGUCAGUGGCUUGUUCAGCAUCCAGAUGUGGCCAUUGACAUAUCUACACUUCGCACCGGAGUGACUAGAAUUGUGGCUGUCCUGAUUAUAGGAUUUUAACUUAACUGAAAUAACUGUUUUUGAAUAAAUGUGUGGGGUUUUUU